GGUAGUUAAACCAUUUAAAUCUCCUUUGUGUUUUACAUCAGUUAUGGAUGGGCACACAUCCAAAAAAUCCUUCAACGGUGAGUAUACCAGGAAAAGAAGAUAUCCUAUUGUCCGAGUGGUUAGACAGUCAUCCAGAGCAAUUAGGGCCAGAGGUUCGAUCACUGUUCAAGGGUAACCUGCCAUUUUUGUUUAAGGUGCUUUCAGUGAGAACAUCAUUGUCUCUACAAGUACAUCCGAAUAAGGUGCAUGCUGAACUCUUACACAAGACACACCCAGAUCUUUUCCAAGACCCUAAUCAUAAACCAGAGAUGGCUAUAGCAUUGACUCCCUUCACUGCAUUGUGUGGGUUUAGGCCUAUCAAAGAAGUGGCACACUUUUUACUAAGUGUUGAUGAAUUUCGUGAAGCUGUGGGAGAGAAAGCUUGCAAGUUGAUAACUGCAAGCCAUUCCAUGGACAUGCCUCUUCACCGCGAGGCGAUGAAGGAUUCUUUUACGGCUUUGAUGCAACGGGACAGUAAAAUUGUCAGCAGAGCAUUAACUUCACUUGUGGACAAAGUGAAAGAUAUAAAGAAAUCCUCUGGAAAUAUCAAGCCUUAUGAGGGUGAUGUUCUACUAAAGCUGGAUAGCGAAUUCCCUGGAGACAGAGGCUGUUUUGCCAUAUAUUUUCUAAACAUUGUCAACCUUGAGCCAGGAGAGGCUAUGUUUCUGGAGGCAAAUCUUCCUCAUGCAUUUUUAUCUGGAGACUGCAUGGAGUGCAUGGCCUGUUCUGACAACGUGGUGCGGGCUGGUCUGACACCAAAGUACAUUGAUGUCCACACACUGUGUGAGAUGCUGGACUACACUGGUCGGCCAGUCAACAGGACAAAGUUCCAGGGCAUUGAAAGCCACAGUAACAUACAUAUCACAAUCUUCAAUCCUCCUGUCCCAGAUUUUGGAGUCUCUAAAUAUGAGGCGCCAACAGGAACUACUAGCUUUCAACUUCAAGGCUUUGAAAGUGCCAGUAUUUGUAUAGUUGUCAAAGGUCAAGGGGAGGCCACCAGCCAAAGUUUGGCAGAGCCAUUGAAGCUGCAGCCAGGCAGAGUGUUUUUUGUUGCUGCAGAUGCUGUUGUUAAUAUUGCACUAGAUGAUAGCCUUCCAAUGUUAUUAUUCCGUGCCCAUUCAGGUGUUUAUAGCAAGACUGUUCCCCAUUAGUUUAUAAUAUUAAAAAAAAAAUUAAGUAAUUUAGUAGACCUAUUUGAAAAUAAAAUACAAAUUGUUUAUAAAUUUGUGACAAAUUUAAAUGUGUUAAAAUCUACAUUGUUGUUUCAUGUAAUAAUAUGCAAAUCAGUCUAUAUCUUCUUUACAUGUAAAUGUGUUAUUACUUGAUAAAAAAUUAUUUUUUUUACAUUGUUUCAUGCUAAAAAUUAAAUGGACUGAUAAUUACCUAUUAAUAAUUACUUCAAUAACUUAACUGAUAAAUAACCUGCAGAACUCUUUACAGAAGUAUAAAACAGACCUUUGGGUUUGUAAAGUUUACACAAGUUUAUUGCUACUAUUUAACAGCAAUAAAACCAAGAGUUGGUAUUUCCUUUUAUUGCUCAAGGGGUAAAAUUUUAUUUUUCCUUUAAUUGUCAUUAAGUUAGUGAACAUUUUUAAUUUUGCCACUAAAUUUUAGCAAGCUGAAUUUAAUAGACAUUUUAAAAUCUUUAAUGAUUUGAAAAUAAAAUUAUGCUAUGUUCUUUGAAUUUAUAUACUUGAAAAAAAAAAGACAAAAUGCUCUAUUAUUACUUUUUAU